AUGAUCGGUCAGCAGGUGAGCAGACUGAUGACACAGCUUGCGAGGACGGUGCCGAGGAGACAGGCACACAGAAUGCUCACCGAGCAGCAGAUCAAAGUGACACCGAGAGCCGCUACGAGGUUAAAGGUCCGUCAUACAAAGCUUCAACUUCAACGCAAAGCCUUACAGCAAGUGAUUGACAAAGGAGAACGUCUCCGGGUGGAGGUGGACGGCGGCGGAUGCUCCGGAUUCGAGUACAAAAUACGAUUGGAUUCAAAAAUCAACGACGACGAUUUGGUGUGGCGAACCGACACAGGCGCCGAGAUUGUCGUCGAUGAGCUAUCCCUCGGCUACAUAAAAGGAUCGACCGUGGAUUUCGUGGAAGAUCUUAUGAAGGCGUCGUUCCGCAUCGUGAAUAACCCAGUGGCCGAGAAAGGAUGUUCAUGUGGAUCCAGUUUUGCCCCCAAAAUGGACUGA